AUGCAUGUGUUGCAGACAUUGGACACACCAGAGGGUACCCCCAUCUACAAAGUCCACUAUCAAGGCUGGAAGAAGAGGUACGACGAGUGGGUUGACGUGUGCCGGGUGCUGAAGAGCGGCCCCGUGACGGAGGAGAUCAGGCAGCGCAUCAAUGCCACGACACUUAAGCGAGUUGCUCGCUUCAAGGAGCAACAGAGGGACAAGGAGCCUGUCAAGAAACGACGCAGCACUGGAGGAAGGACGUCGAAGCGAGCCAAGGUGCAGCAGCCCGAUAGUGCAAUUGCGUGCUCCAGUGAGCAGGAAGCGCCACCAGCCAAUCUCGACACAAACGAGGGCUUGGAUGAGGUGCAAGUGCAGGUGGCUCUUCCGGAUGACUUGAAGCAGAAAUUGGUCGACGACUACGACCUCAUCGCUGCAGCAAAGCUCCACGCGUUACCGGCAUCACCGACCGUGACCGAGGUGCUGGCGGACUUCAUGUCCACCAUCAAGACAAGUUCGCCCCAGCAUCCCAUCGCCCAACAAGUCACAGUAGGCCUCAAGGAGUACUUUCGGCAAGCGCUUCCAAACAUCCUCCUCUAUGCAGCAGAACGUUCACAGUUUGAUGGCAUCAUCGCCAACAAUGCUGACGUGGACCUCUGUGACCAUUACGGCGGCGUUCAUCUGCUGCGACUCUUUGUCAAACUGCCGGUGCUGCUUGCGCACACAGACAUGAAUUACGACAGCAUGCAGCUUGCACUGCAAACGCUCAAGUCCUUGAUGCGCCACCUCAAGCGCAACACAACGCGUCUCGUCCCCAUCCUCUCCCAACAGCAACAACAGGAGCACGACGCAUGA